CUGAAAGAGGGGGAUUGGAUCAUAGUGGAGCAAAGGAUUUGAGAAGUGUUUGUAUUCAGCGGGAGAUACUCCAGCUGGGAACUAAAAGGGAUAAAAGGCAAGCGAGGAGAGGACAAAAAGGACACAGAGCCUGGGAUACUGCUCUUUUAUUGGAUUGGUGCAUUUUCUUGGAUUUCCCUCCUCCUGGGCUGACAGCAGACGGGGAGCAGCCACCGCAGGAAUGAAGUACAACUACCACGUCCCAGUGUCAACGUACACACGAAGCUCACAGUACACGCCAACAUACCACACACCGACAUAUUACACCCCCUCACAUUACACACCAACCACACCACACUACACGUCCACAUACACCUCCACGACAAAGUACACCCCGACACAGUACAGCACGACACAUUACACCCCCUCACAGUACACGUCCACCUACAAGCCUGCGUCAACGUACGUCCCCUCGUACAGCAAAGGGUCGCGCUACAGCUCAACACGUCGCACACAAGAAAAGCAGGAGAAGCAGGAAAAGCCAGCACCUGUGAUACCUGUCGCGCCCCCAAAGAGAACUGUGCACUUCCCCAAUGACAUCAUCUUCCAGGAUAUUGUACGACGAGGAGAUCAAGAGCAAAUCGGUCGCUUCAUGAGAGCGAGAAAGGUUCGCGUGGACACCAUCUUCCACUCAGGUAUGGCGGCACUGCAUGAGGCCGUGCUGACAGGAAACCUGGAGGUGGUGAAGCUGCUGGUGAAAUAUGGCGCCGAUGUUCAUCAGAGAGACGAAGAUGGCUGGACGCCACUUCACAUGGCCUGCAGUGACGGGUACCCGGAAAUUGCCAGGUAUCUGCUUGCGAUGGGAGCCAGCACUGAGGCUGAGAACGAAAGUGGAGAGAAGCCCGCAGACCUCAUCGACCCAGAGUGCAAAGAUCUGGCCAAACUGUUUGAGACGGGCUGUGUGUGAUUGGGCAACAAAUGGACCCGAGAAAAUAUCCUAUUUAACAGUAUAAAACAGUGCAAUACCAAACAAGUAAGGGCCAUGUCGCUGAUCCUGUACAGCAAGACGGUGGUUCUGUUUGUUAGUUUCAAAUUGCAGCCUUAAAGCAAUACUCCAUUAAGCUGCAUUUCUAUUUCUGGUGGAUAUUUCAUUUUAUUUUACUUUAUUUUGCGCAUUAUUGUAUUUGUCAUACUCCCUGUGUGUAUGCAGCAAAUGUUGGUAUGUGAAUAUAUAUCCCUGUUUUCCCUCUCGGCUCAUGCAAUUCACACCAAUAUGUGUCACUAUGUUUCAGGUCAUGAGCAUUUCGGUUGAAGUCUUCUAUCAGUUGUGUUUGUGUUCAGCAGUCACUUAUUAAGUAGCUGGUUGCAGCACAGAACUUGGCCCGAAAUGUUUGUGUUUUAUAAACAGUUAUGUAUCCUCACUGCUGGGCAGAAAGAGGAUCAGCCAAAUUAAUAAUUGAUGCUUCAUUGACGGACAGAAACAAUAAAAAACAACAUCAAGUUUAUGCUGUAUAAGCACUUUUACUGCUGCAGUAUUUUUCCCUGAUGUAUUGCUGUUGUUUUCUGUAGGAGAAAUACGAUGUCAGCAAUGAAAGUCUUAUUAUUUUCUGCUUGAUAAUUAUUUU